AGGAUAAAUCAAAGGCCGAGGAGCUGCAGCGGGAGCGUCGCAAGGCCAAAAAGGAACUGGUCUGCUGUCCGCCCCCAUGCUGCCGCAGUUGACUCCAGCGUUCACGUCCAUGGCCAACAUAUUGCAGUGCAAUGUGUUCCUCAGCAUCUGCACUUUGACUAUGGAUCGGGCUCUGGACAUUCGCAGCCGCUCCUUCUCGGAAUCCCAUGUGCAGAAGAUUUUACAUUUGCUCGGCUUUGCCAUCCAAGAGGAACUUAGCGAGCACUACCCAUUUCUCAGUUUCUAUGAGCGCGCGCAGCAGUUUGGAAUCCUCGACAAGUUGGACGAGCUAGCACGCUGCCCAAGGUUGGAGGCACAUCGUGACUUUGUGCUUUGGACCAUUAAACGGUACAAGGAUAUGCAGGCCAAGCAGGCGCCAGCAGCAGCGGCCGGGCCCAGCGGCUCUCAGAAGAAGACUGCGGGCGAAGAGCCGCCGCUGACAUCCGAGGAACAGGCACGCCAGGAGAAGGAGACCCGCGCCAAGCUGGCCGCCGAGCGUCGAGCCAAGAUUAUGGCCCAGAUGCAGAGUGCCCAAAAGUCCUUUAUGAAGUCGAACGCUGAGAUGUUUGCCAACAGCGACCUGGAGCAGGAUUCAAUCUCAACAGGAGCCUCUAGUAGCCGGGUGGCGGCAUCCUCCAUGGGCAGCACCGCUAUGGAUUGGGAGGAUAUAUCGGAUGAGAGCUUAGAGGACCAGGGUGCGGCAGUUCUAGUGAUAAAGCAGAACCCGGCCUGCCUGGGGCCAAACCGGGCCCACUACCAGGCGCAGGAGAACAGCUUCAAAUGCAUCCUGUGCUUCGAGAACUGUAGCAUCAACCCGGACGGACCACCGCUCGUUAGCUCCGCGUUUGUGCAGACCUCACGCGUGAUCCUGACUACACCGAGCCACUACAAGGGCAAGUGCGGCAUGCACGUGAGCUGCUGCGGCCACGUGAUGCACUACAAGUGCUGGCAGGAGUACUACAGUAACGAGGAGUCUAAGGAGCAGCGUCGCCUCCACCGGAAUCGUCUCGCCCUCAGCCAGGGCCACAACGUGGAGUUCCACUGUCCGUAUUGCCGGGCCUCAGCAAUACUGUGCUCCCCGUCAGCGAGCCCCUGGUCGGACUUAUUCCCGGCGGCCUUCCCGGAGUGCCGCCGGCUGUCAGCUCCGAGAGCUACUUGCCCCUGGACUGCUUCGUGGAGAUCAUGA